AUGGCGAAGCCCAGGAAACCGCCUGCUCCGAGGCCGGCCUGCAGGCAGCGGCCGCGGGGCUCCGCCCCCGGGCUAGGGGCAGGCCCCUACACAGGCGCGCUCCCUGCCACCAGGCUCCCGCAAAACUGCGGCAUCAUGGCACCUGCCGGGCGUCCCGGAGCCAAGAAGGGUAUUUUAGAGCGUCUGGAUAGUGGGGAGGUUGUGGUUGGAGAUGGCAGCUUUCUCAUAACUCUGGAGAAGAGGGGCUAUGUGAAGGCCGGGCUCUGGACCCCAGAGGCUGUGGUGGAGCAUCCAAAUGCAGUUCGUCAGCUUCACAUAGAAUUCCUGAGAGCGGGAUCCAAUGUCAUGCAGACUUUCACCUUUUCUGCCAGUGAAGAAAACAUGGAUAGCAAGUGGGAAGAUGUAAAUGCUGUUGCCUGUGACCUUGCCAGAGAAGUGGCUGACAAAGGCGAUGCCUUGGUGGCAGGGGGGAUCUGCCAGACAUCAAUAUAUAAACAGCACAAGGAUGAAGCAAGAGUUAAAAAACUUUUUCAACUACAGCUUAAGGUUUUUGCCAAGAAAAAUGUGGACUUCUUGAUUGCAGAGUAUUUUGAGCAUGCUGAAGAAGCUGUGUGGGCUGUGGAAGUCUUAAAAGGAGCUGGUAAACCUGUGGCAGCUACUAUGUGCAUAGGCCCAGAGGGAGACAAGCAUGAUAUCACACCUGGAGAAUGUGCUGUUAAGCUGGUGAAAGCAGGGGCUUCAAUUGUUGGUGUGAACUGCCGGUUUGGGCCCAAGAGCAGCUUGGAGACUGUGAAGCUCAUGAAGAACGGCCUCCAGGCUGCAGGGUUGAGAGCACACCUGAUGGUACAGCCCCUGGGGUUCCACACCCCCGACUGUGGCAAAGGAGGGUUUGUGGACCUCCCAGAAUACCCCUUUGGACUGGAGCCCAGAGUUGUGACCAGGUGGGAUAUUCACAAAUACGCCAGAGAGGCCUACAACCUGGGGGUCAGGUACAUAGGUGGGUGCUGUGGAUUCGAGCCCUACCACAUCAGGGCAAUUGCAGAGGAGCUAGCCCCAGAAAGGGGCUUUUUGCCACCGGCCUCAGAAAAGCAUGGCAGCUGGGGAAGUGGAUUGGACAUGCACACCAAACCGUGGAUUAGAGCCAGGGCUAGAAGAGAGUAUUGGGAGAACCUGCUGCCGGCUUCAGGCAGACCUUUCUGUCCUUCGCUGUCAAAGCCAGACGUCUAAGGAACAAUGGAACAGAAAGAAAUACCCCCAAGGCCUUCUGGACCCCUCCCUCGCCUUUGCCCUGAGCCCACCCUGCUGUUUCCAGCCACUAACGUUGAACUGCUACUGUGGUUAAGCACCUUCCCUGCUGGAUGCUGCAGGGGAUGCAACCAUGAUGAGAAAGGCUUCUUGUUCUCAGUGUGUGCUGCCCAGUAAUACUGCACUACGUUGUUUUUGCGGUGGCCAAGAAUGGCAAACUUGUCUUGGGACAAAUUAAAGAUGAAAAAAUAACCGGAAGUCACUGAGCACCAAGCUAGGGAGGAAUGCAGGUAACUAAGCCAGGUAUUUGAGGGAGACGGAGUGGCAUUCUGAACUAACACACUGAGCUCGCUUCCCUUAAUGAUUUGUAUAAUGACUCCAAAGGCACUUCCCAAAGAAAGAAGCAAACACCAUUUUUGAGCAAUGGAAAGAUUUUAAAAUAAGUGUAUAACCUUCCAAAGUAAUUACUUUCAGAGAUGAUUUUACUUAAAGGUGUUAGGCGCUAGAACUUUUAAUGUCUUUAUAGUCACAAAUAACUAGAUUUAGGGACAAAGGUAAUGAAAUAACAUCUUACAUUUUUCCUUAUAGCAUUUACUGUUGUGCUAGGCAUAAUAAUAGAUGCUCAAUGAAAUAGUUAUGGUUUAAAAUAAGUAAAAACAAACAGUGUUAGAAGACCUUUUUAAAGUCAAUGUUCAAAUCUAUCUUGGUCUAGUAUUUUCUUGAUUUAUCUUUUUGUUACGUUCUAUGUACUGAUUUCUCUCUGUAUUUCAAAAUAACGUAGCA